UACCUAAACUCAAAAAGCACCUGCGUUUACCAUCCGCUGCUCGGUCCAACACAAAUUUGUUAUCGUCCGUGGCUCAGCCCAAACAUCUGUCCCUCAGACCAACUAUGCCGCUCCCAGAACGUAUCAGCAUCAAGAGGAGACGCUCGCAGGAGCCCGUGGAGUCCCUGCAUCUUGACCACGGCGCUGUUCGAGACAAGAAGCGAAGAGCUACAGACUUCUACUUCCAACGACUCCGCGAUGAAACCAUCGCUCCUUCCUCGCUUCGAGAGAGGCCUACUCAGAUACCCCAACCUGCAAAGUCCAGUGCCUCCACCAUUCCCGGAAUUCGUUGGACUGCGCCUGGGGACGAUAAGAAAGACUUUGAAAAGCUCAAGGCAGAUCUCAAGGCGAAGGAAGAUGCAGAAGCAACAUUGGACAACAAGCAAACAGUUGUGGAUACCGGUAGUCGAUCGGCGCCAGCGACACCUAUAUCCAAAGAGAAACUACAAGCCGCGAGACGUUUUCACCUCACACGCCAUCUCAAUUCAGGCCUAAGCCCAAACGCUCCUGUUGGGAUUCGGAAGCAGAAAACGUCGAUUCGACCUCCCUUGGCUACCUUUGUCGAGCGACGAGGUGCAACCUUCAGUCAUGAGGAGAAUCCAUUGUAUAGAGGCAAGCCUGUGGAUAAAGUCUUGGAUGUUUCUCAAACCGAAGCUCCGGAAGAUGCCAAACAACCGGACUUGGAGACCUUACAGGCAUCGAAACGACACGCCACCAGUACUUUCCUCCAGAAUGGGUCAAAAGCAGUCAGAAAAGGCACUUCUAUCAAGGACCAUCCCAGUACCUGGGACCACGAGUCUGACCAAUUGGCGGAUGAGCUGGCUUCUUUGGCCAUGGAGCUAGACCCAAUAGCCAAACAGGAAGCUGAGCUUGAGAAACUUGCAGCUGCGCGGCCUGAGCCAAAAGACACUGUGAUGAGCUUACAUGAGAGGGAAGAUGAUUAUAUUUACGAGACAUAUGUCCGCGUACCCUAUGAGGAGGAAGCAACUCACUCGCUUAGAUUGUCUGAUAAUAAUAUCGGCCUGCUUGUUAUCGACGAAGAAGACGAAGAUUUGUGGCAGAAAUACGUCGAUAGUGAUGAGGAUACGGAUUGGGAUGACGAAGAUUCUAAUGCUGAAGACAAUCCUGCUAAUGACUAUCCGGAAGAUGAAGUCAGUUCAGAUGAUGAAUAUGGGCACAAUGCCUAUCAAUAUCGCCAUUACGCUUCAGAUGAUGAAGCUUUUGAUGAGGAUGAGGACGAAACCUAGACAGCAGCAAGUGGCAGUUCUCCUCCCAGUACUGAACUCAUAUGCAAACAUCCUCCCAGGAACAUCAUGACAUCAAUCAACGAAGGACCAAAACGUCGCUGGCGCACGGGAACAAAGUUCCGUUGCUCAAAAUAUCAUCAGACAACCUUCCCACAAACAUCAUGACAUGAACAAUAUACCGCCGUGAUUGGCACUCGUACAUCAACUUUCAUUUCGCCUCUGUCCCUCUCAUCUCUGGCCUCCCCAAGCACCAGGGCGAGCCCACAAUCUUGGCAGGGGCUGACACUCUAAAUGUUCUGGCCUCAUCCAGUGGUACCUGCGGUCGGUUUGGGCGAUGACCCCGAACUUUUCGAUGUGAUAGCCUCUAGUGUUGCGUUCUGGACGACCUUGCUGGCGGACCUUUUUGACCUUAUGCUGGUCCACAAUGCGGUAGAAGCGGCAUUGUAGGCCUGCUUUCUUCCUCGUCUCCGCAAAGUUGCGACUGUAUGCCUCCAGCACUUUAUUCCAUGGCAUAUUCAAGUCGAUUCUGUGGUACCAGAUGAAAUAGGCCUCCUCCUCGGUGUAUUUCUCUCGUGGUGGUUUCUUG